GUCUCAAUGAAGCACGUCAACAAUCUGCACGCGCAAACCAGCGUCAUUAGUUUUACAUUUUUCAAUAGUUAAUUUUGAUGACACAUUUAAACAAUAUGCGGCGUCCAUCAGGUGUGCAGAUGUCCUGGAACCUUACAUGUUAAAAACUAAACACUGACAACAUGUUUAGUGGUCCUACCGCUAUGUCAACACACAUCACCCGCUGUCAGCACCAGGGCUGGAUGAGAGUCACCGACAUGAAAGGUUCAUCAGUUCACUGGAUAUCAUGUGGACAGCCACUUUCAGAACCAAUCGGAUGGCAGGUCAAGUUUUGCUUGGUUGCAGAGUGUCAGCUAGUUCUCCUGGACAGGAGAGAGAUUAGUCCAAUGUUGUUCCGAGAGCGCCGAGCCGAAUCGUGCACCGUAUGGCUCCUGCGACGCAGCACCAGCAUUCCUGAGGGAGUUCGGCUCCGCAAGGACCAGAGCACCCAAACCAGAAAUGCCAAAUCUCUCACUGACAGGGUGGGCCGGCGGCGCAGUAUGCCUGGCGGUACAGUGGACAAAACGGUGGUCGCUAUGGAUGCAGACACGUCAACACCUUUUAAAGUCACGGGCUUCCUGAGCCGCAGACUGAAGGGUUCCAUCAAACGCACCAAAAGCCAGCCGAAGCUCGACCGCCACAGCAGCUUCAGGAACAUCUUACCGGGCUUCAAGAGCGCGGAGAAUGACAGAUCCCAUCUGAUGCCGAGGCUGAAGGAAUCGCGGUCUCACGAGUCGUUGCUCAGCCCCAGCAGUGCAGUAGAAGCUCUAGAUCUCAGCAUGGAGGAGGAAGUGCUCAUCAAACCUGUGCACAGCAGCAUCCUGGGACAGGAUUUCUGCUUUGAGGUAACUACUUCAACAGGAAGCAAAUGUUUCUCGUGUCGGUCGGCUGCCGAGAGGGACAAAUGGAUGGAGAAUUUGAGACGUGCUGUGCAUCCCAACAAGGAUAACACCCGUCGGGUGGAAAACAUGCUGAAAUGUUGGAUUAUCGAAGCGAAGGACUUGCCGGCAAAGAAAAAAUACUUCUGUGAACUUUGUCUGGAUGACACGUUAUACGCACGGACUACCUGCAAACUCAAAACGGACAAUGUUUUCUGGGGCGAACACUUUGAGUUUAACAACCUGCCCUCAGUUAAGAGCAUCACCGUGCAUCUUUACAAGGAAACGGACAAAAAGAAAAAGAAGGACAAAAAUAACUACGUGGGCCUGGUCAAUAUCCCCAUAGCGGCAGUCACCGGGCGCCAGUUUGUGGAAAAAUGGUAUUCCGUGAGCAUGCCGAAUCCCAAUAAAGGAAAGAGUCCGGGACCCAUGGUCCGAAUGAAAUCCCGAUAUCAGAGCAUGAGUAUCCUCCCCAUGGAGCUGUACAAGGAGUUCGCAGAGUAUAUUACUAACAAUUAUAUGUUAAUGUGCUCGGUGCUGGAGCCGGCGCUAAGUGUGAAGAACAAGGAGGAGAUGGCUUGUGCGCUUGUCCAUAUCUUGCAAAGCACAGGCAAGGCCAAGGACUUUCUGACAGAUCUGAUGAUGUCCGAGGUGGAUCGGUGCGGAGACAAUGAGCAUCUCAUAUUCCGUGAGAACACGCUGGCUACUAAAGCUAUAGAGGAGUACCUGAAACUAGUGGGACAGAAGUACCUUCAGGACGCUUUAGGCGAGUUCAUCAAAGCUCUGUAUGAGUCAGACGAGAACUGUGAGGUGGAUCCAUCUAAGUGCUCCUCCAGUGACCUGCAUGAGCACCAGAGCAACCUCAAGAUGUGCUGUGAACUGGCUUUCUGCAAGAUCAUCAAUUCUUACUGCGUGUUUCCUCGGGAGCUCAAAGAAGUGUUUGCGUCCUGGAGGCAGGAGUGCAGUAACAGAGGGCGACCGGACAUCAGCGAACGCUUGAUCAGCGCAUCUCUUUUCCUGCGCUUCCUGUGUCCCGCCAUCAUGUCACCCUCGCUUUUUAGCCUCAUGCAGGAAUAUCCUGAUGACCGUACCGCCCGAACACUCACACUCAUUGCCAAAGUGACACAAAACCUGGCCAACUUCACCAAGUUUGGCAGUAAGGAGGAGUACAUGUCCUUCAUGAAUCAGUUCUUGGAGCACGAAUGGACUAAUAUGCAGCGCUUCCUGCUGGAGAUCUCCAACCCAGAGACCAUUUCAAACACAGCAGGCUUCGAGGGUUAUGUUGACCUGGGACGUGAACUCUCCACACUUCAUUCUCUCCUGUCAGAAGCCGUCUCACAACUUGAUCAGAGUACUAUCACUAAGCUGGGUCCUUUAGCACGGAUCCUGCGGGAUGUGAAUUCGGCCCUGACGAACCCCACUGGAGCCCCUGUGUCAUCUCCCACCGAGCGCGUGGGCUCCCCUACUCUACCCGGCAGCAGUCUGUCUACCGGUCUGCAGAAAAUGGUCAUGGACAGUGAGAUCACAGGGUUGGUGGAUUUCACUCGGCUGCCCUCACCGACCCCCGAAAACAAGGAUCUGUUUUUUGUAACCAAGAAUUCUGUGAUCCAGCCGUCGCCUGCCCGCAGCUCCAGUUACUCGGAGGCCAACGAGCCAGAUGUUCAGAUCCCCAAUGGCAGCAAGAGCUUGUCAAUGGUGGACCUGCAGGACAGUCGUUCUCUCGAGAGCGCUCCCAACACCUCCUUCAGCGACCCCAUCAAUGACAGCCAGACCUCAGUCGGCCAGGGCACGGGAGUGUGGACCACCCGCACCGCCAAGGGCAACACGCCCAGCGGUCCGACCCUGAGGAGAGCAGGUCAGACCCCCACCACACCGAGCACAGAAACCGCCCCGGGGAGGUCCCAGCUGCUCGCCCCGCUCUCGUUCCAGAACCCCGUGUACCAGAUGGCUGCCGGAUUGCCCCGUGCGGUGGCCGAUUCGGGAUCUGAAUGCCAGAGCUCCAUCAGCUCCCAGAGUAACGCAGAUGAAGCGGCUACUGUGGGGUCAAAGCACCCAUUUCUGAGCCAGUCCAGCACGGGGGCCAGCGGUGGAGGGGGCAGCAGUGGGGACGAGUUCAUUCGGUGUUCUGGAGAGUUCACCCGCAGACAGCUGUCCCUCACGGAGACCCAACACCAAGCCAACGUACCACGCCAGAACAGCGCGGGCCCACAGCGCCGGAUAGACCAGCCACCCCCAGCCGUCACAAGGGGCCGCACUCCGCCCAACAUGCUCAACACUGCACCGUACCCCCGCCCCUCCAGUGGAAGUAUGAUGUCAUCGUCUCCUGAUUGGCCAAGCAGCGGCACCAGACUGAGACAGCAGUCGUCGUCCUCCAAAGGGGACAGUCCAGAAUCCAAGCAACGCACCCUACACAAACAAGCUCCAUCUCCUGUGAAUCCCAAUGCGUUGGACCGUACUGCUGCAUGGCUGCUGAAUAUGAAUGUGCAAUAUUUGGAGCAGGAGGGAAUUGACCCAGAUUCGAAACACCGGGAGGACUUUCCAAACAAGGAGGAUCUCACACCAACUGAAAAGUAUCAGCAGGAGAUUGCUGUCCUGCAGGAGAAGCUGCGUAUUUCUGCUAAGAAGCUGGAGGAGUAUGAAUCUCGCAUGAAGAGCCAGGAUGACCAAACCCAGAAGAUGCUCCUGGAGUAUCAGGCCCGGCUUGAGGACACGGAGGAGCGAUUACGCAAGCAGCAGGAUGAGAAAGAACACCAGAUGAAGAGCAUUAUCACCAGGUUGAUGUCAGUUGAAGAGGAGCUAAAGAAAGAUCACGCAGACAUGCAGGCCAUUGUUGACUCCAAACAGAAAAUCAUCGAAGCCCAGGAGAAGAGAAUCGCAUCCCUGGACGCCGCAAACGCCCGGCUAAUGAGUGCCCUGUCUCAGCUGAAGGAUCGUUACAGCAUGCAAACGAGGAACGGCAUCUCUCCCACCAACCCUACCAAGCUGCAGAUCACAGAAAACGGUGAAUUUCGGAACAGCAGCAACUGCUAGCGUGGACAUAAACACACACAACACAGGCCUAUGGGCCUAGUGACGGACAAGGGCUAUGGGUAACUGUCGUACAGUACGGUGGGGUUACAUUUGCUUGGUCGAAAAUAACUCUUUGGGAACGAAUUGGAUAGAGUUGCACAAUGUUGUUUUUUUCACUCCGUAUAUAAGGCUAAUGCGUCUUUUUGAAUCCUUUUAGAUUAUUAGCCAUGCAAAGAUGUCCCAUGAUGCUUGUUUCGUAGCCCUUGUCACAAGAGCCACUCGGUCACCGAUCUAAGCCGUGACCAGAUUCUGUAUGAUUUGAGCUGUGCAUAUACACUUUUUGAUUGGAUUUAGCAUGAUAAUACUGUAAUUAUUUGUUGAAACACUAUUUUAUUGUACAUUUUCAUGUAAGCAUCUUUUUUCUUACCAUUUUUGUUGCUUGCAUCCCUCCAGGGCAGCAGUAGCACAAACCACAUUGCAUUUUGUUGCAUACUUUUUUUGUAUGUGCGGAACAUUUUAGUCUAUAAAAAGGUGGCGCGCCUCAUUAUAUAGUAUGUAUAUAGUUUUUUAUGGGCUUUUCAGAGAAAAGAGAUUUCCUUUUUUUCGUACAGUGUGUAUUUCCCGUGCUGAGGUCUGCUGUACUUUAUUUAGAAGAAAACGAACAAAACAAAACAAUGUAAGCUCCGGUUGUACAUUCAGGUGCUGCUUCUAGACAGAGCAGAGUCGACGACACACUUUAACCCCUCUGCAAACGCUCAACGCCGUGGAUAGAAAUGUCCUCAUACUGCUUGCUGUUCAACGUGGCCAGUAUUAGACUCCGUAUCCAACAUCGUACAAUCAGCGUGUGUCCCCUACGAUGUCUUUCUUCCACUCUAUGCACUUUCUAUAGCAUUAGAAUGGACCCUUUAACCAAAACCUGCUUCUGUGGACUUGUUAUAAAGGCUAUUCAGAGCAGCAAGUACAAAGCAUAUAGCAUUCAGCACUUCUACUGGGUGAUAAAGGUUUGAGUUGAUGUGUGAAGGAUACGUGGCUGUUUUUUUACUUAAAGGUUGUGAUGUUUCCUGCUCUUCAGAUGCGGCUCGCAUCAAACAGGCUGGAAGUCAGUGCAGCGCAGCAAUAGUUGCAUCAACCCUGCAUAUAGACCCUUUGCUCUGGUAUCAGACGAGCCUGUUUUAGCUUCACUGAACUUUAUUUAAGUCAGGUUCGUGGAGGGGAGUUUGAAGACUGUCAGUGUUUCUUUUAUGUAUAAAUAUUCACAUCAGUUUAUUUGGGACUAUAUAUUUUUUGGACAAGCUGCAAGGGCAAACCUCUUUGUGUAUAAUUGUCAUAUCAAACAUCUUCAUUUUUCAGUAUUCCCUCUGUUUUCAAUACAAUUUUUUUUAUUUAUCAUACAGGCUUGAGAGAAAGUAUGCUCUGUUGAAUUAUUUGGAAUUGAUUUUUUAAUUUAUCUUUUAAAUUAUGUUUAGUUAAUGUAUUUAUUCAAAUAUUUUUGUUGUUAGAACCCCAAAAUUGAAAGUACUAGAUGAAGUUUGAAUGCUGAGUGUGUCCAACGUUGUUAAAGUCAGCAUGGAACAGAAGUUCAGCUCAUCUUUUUGUGAAAAGGCUUCUUGAACGAGAAGAAAUGUAGGGCAGGAUUUUGCUGUUUGGGAAUUGAGUGGAUUGUUGGAUCGUUGUUCUUUAUCAUUUUAGAAGAGAAGAGAUGCAUUGCAAGAGGAGAGCACAUGAGGAUGUGAAUUUAAGACAAAUAAUAAUAAUAAUGAAUCAUUUACAGUAAACACUGCAAUAUAUAAAACACAAGAAUAGACCAUUUUGGUUUCAUGGUGACUUUUCUUACAUUUCUUGUUGACAUUUUUUGGAUGUUAAAAUACCACUGGUGUGAGGCAGGGUCAGAAAUUAACAUUUGCAUUAAGGUGCAAUAUUUGCCCUCUGAAACAUUUUUUUUACAUUUGUGAGAGCAAUAUUGUAUCACCGUAUCAUUAUAAAUCCAUAUGUUGUCUUUAAUGUCAAAUAGCCUAUUUAAAUUUACCCAAUUACUUUAAACAAUAUUCUAAACUGUUGUCAGUAACAGUAGGCCGUUCAAACUUGUAUCUAAAUUAUACAUGUAAAAAAACAGGAGCUCAUAUGGCUGCAAUAUUAUGACAAAAAUCAUUAUUGUAGAUUAUUGCUCUUUAUAGUGUAAUAAUAUCGAAUAGAAAACAAUAUCAAACGUUUUUGUUUCGUUUUGGGCACGUCACAUUCUGGCUUCACAAACAUGUCGUUUACAAAAUAAAUCUUUAAUAUACAACGUAUCUGCACUGUUGUUAUGAUGAGCAUUUUCAGUGCUGACUAAUUUAAGCGUCUCUGAUUGGCCAUUUCAUUCCUAAAUUCAACAGAAACGUGUUUGAUUGUUUAUCUCGUUCGUUGUACACUGAUCGAAAUGUAACACGCGACAGCCGUGAUACGUUGUUUAAUUGUGUAGGGGCAUUUUUUGCCUCUUUGUAUUGAAUUUAUAGGGCAUUUUUUCUUCAUUUUGGUGGCAUUUUUGCCACAAGCCCUGGUUAAUUUCUGACCCUGUUGUUAGGUUGAAAGGACUGACUGACUGUCUGAUUAUUUUUGCAGUUGUGAAAUUGUGUACUUCACUUUUAAGACUUAAGAUAAGAUCUCAUCUAUCACUAUUCGGCAAAUUUUUGUGGGCAAAAUACAUUAAUUACAAAAGGAAUCAGUAAUUUCAUGUGUGGGCGAUAAUUUUCCCAGUUCGCAACGGGUUCAGGUUGGUCAUGUGAAUUAUCCAGUGCUGACCAACAGAAAGCUGCUUGGAUUGAAAGUGACUUCUGUGUGACUUGUGCUUCAUAUAUAUCACUACACUAUUCACAAUGCACAAAGGACCUGUCAUUUUUUGCCAAAAUUUCGAUAAUGUGACCACAUCUUUAUACUAAUCUGUUUAAAUUCAGAGAAAUUAAAAACAAGAAAACUAAACAUGUCUGGACUUCCUGUAACAAACUUUUGAAGGCAAUAGUAUGGCACAUUAAAACACUUUAAUUUUUUAAAACUCCCUUAAUAUGUUACGUGAAAGUCAAAGGGCUGCUGUUUAGUGUCACUUAACUUAAAGGAAGACUUUCCAAAUUUUCCAGUUUGGCAUGAUUAUGUAUCACAAACCAUGUAAAAAUCUCCACUGUGUUUUCUGCUUUACAUCUUUUGUAUGUAUAUUUCAGAGCUACGCUGACAGUUUUUGCCACAUGUACAUACAUGAACAGAAGACAUACCAAUAUAUGAGAAGUCAUUUGUGUUGAAGAAAAUGUUCAGUGCAAUUCAUGUACAAUUGCCUCUAGAAUUAUUAAAGUUUUAUUUAGCUAUUUCAAGGUUCUUACUUUGUUUGUUAGUUUACUGUACAGUCCAAGAAAAAUACUGUUGUUGAGAAAAAGAUAUAUUGUUUCACCUGUGUAAAGUUAAGUAAAUGCUAUGGACAGAAUGUAUAUAUCCAUGUAGAAUGCCAUUGUCAAGAUGGGUGCACUUCAGUGAGUGCCAUUCAAAAUAAAAGCAAAAUAUU